GCAGAGGAAGCCGGCUAAGGAUAGAGGAGCUAUGAAUUUAAACACUUGCCCGAGAAUAUGACUCAAAGAACACUCAGGGAAUAAUACAAUAAAUAAUGGAUUUUUUCCAAAGGGCGCCACCAUUCUUGGUGCAGUUGCAAAACAUUUUGCGAAAAUACCCAGAUGGGGGGCAGAUCCUGAAAGAAUUGCUUCAGAAUGCAGAUGAUGCCAAAGCCAGUGAAGUCAUUUUUGUUUAUGAUGAAAGACACUAUGGCACUGAAAAGCUUUAUUCAAAAGAACUUUGCAGCAUCCAAGGUCCUGCUCUUUUGGCUUAUAACAAUGAAGUGUUUACUGAAAGUGAUUGGGAUGGAAUCCAGAAGCCAGGAAACAGCAUCAAACGCAAGGAUCCAAAUACCGUUGGGAGAUUUGGGCUAGGCUUCAACUCUGUGUAUCACAUUACAGACCACCCCGCCAUAUUCAGUGGUAAAAAUAUUGGUAUUCUGGACCCACAGGAAAUUAUAUUCCGCAGAGGGGGCUUCUUGUGGAACCUAGAAAGAAGCCAGCAGUUUGAAGAGCAGUUGGAAGACCAGUUCAAUCCCUUUCGGGCUGUCUUGGAAGCCAUUGGGCGAGGUUCUUGGAAUGACAUUCUAAACAAUGGCUUUUUUAAGGGGACAGUUUUUCGGUUCCCAUUUAGACUUGCACCCUCUGAAAUUUCUGACAAUAUCUAUACUUCCGAGAGAGUUCAAGAGCUUUUUGAUUCUUUUAUUAGCGAUUCUAGCAUCAGUCUUCUUUUCCUUCGUCAUGUUACUACUGUAUCUCUAAAGAGAAUUGGGAGUGAUGGAGUGGUAACACAUCUAAUUACAGUUACUGUAUCCACGGAAAGCUUGGAGGAAGCUGUUACUGCUGACUUGACCACAGGAACACAUGUGAAAGUCACGUCUCUGAAAAGCUCUGAAAAAGAAGAAAAAUUCAAGUGGCUCGUGACAACCAACACAGUUCAUGGGAAUCUCUUUCCUGAACUUGUGGAGCUGAGUAAGAAGUUAUAUAACAAGCCGUCUCUUGAUCUGGCAUUUCCUUUGACAGAAGAAGGCAUUGCUUCAUUUGGGGGUCGUCUGUGUUGUGUUCUGCCACUUCCUGAUAAAGAGGAAAACCAAACUGGACUCCCAGUAAUCAUUAAUGGUUGCUUUGACCUAUCUGAUGACAGAAGAAGCAUUAAGUGGAUAGAAGUUGAUCAGCAGCAUGACGAAGCUGCUAUAUGGAACAAUAUUCUUAUAGAAAAGUUGCUACCGGUUGUCUAUAAAUGUACAGUCAAAAAUGUAAUGACCCUAGUCAUGUUAUGCAAAGUGACAGCUGAGGUGGCUUAUGGCAUUUGGCCAGACCCAUGUAAGACGCAGCACAAAGGGAAAUGGCAUAGUGUUACAAGAGAACUCUCCAUAUCACUGAUGAAUGAGAAAAUACUGCAGACUGCUGAUAAAGCAUGCUGGGUAGCUGCAACUGAAGCCAUAUUUUUGUUUGCUAAGGAUGAAAACAUGCAAAAAUGUUUAGAGGAUCUUCUUUUGUUACUAAAAAAACCCCUUGUGAAGGUUCCAGGACAUGUCCACAGAACCCUUAUGUUGUGUGAAAAUGCUAAUGCAAAGCUGAACAUCGUGUCCCCUACAUUUAUUAGAAAGCUCUUGCAUACCACUGAUUGGAGUGACUUUCCAAAUGAAAAAAAAAUGUUGCUCCUAGAAUAUGUAAUCAGUGAUGGGCAAUACAGUGACUUAUUAAAUCUAAAACUUCUGCCUCUGUCUGACGGGACCUUCAUAGAGUUUCAGAACACAGAUAAUGAUGGAGUGGCAUACAUUGAUAGCCAGUAUUUUCCAAGGACUUUGUUGCCUGGAAUCACAAGCAGAUUUAUACCAGAAGAUCUAUCGUGUGACAUGCUUGAUCAUCUAAAGACCAUUGGUUCAAAACGAAUUUACAAGAAUCUUGUGUGCCUUGAUGAAGAGGUUGUAUGCAAAGCCUUAAAUGAAGCUCUUCCCAAAACAUGGCACGGAGGUGACAAUGUUGUUACUUGGCAUCCAAGAGAUCCAACUCACCCACCAGUGGAAUGGCUUUCUACAUUCUGGGCUUUCUUACAAAGAUCUGACAACAUUUUAGAUGUCUUGGAACACCAACCACUUAUUCCAUUAGACAGCGUCACAGAAAAUUCUACAGACAUUCAGCUUGCAAGGUUAAAAAAGAAUACCACUUUGCUGUUUCAAGAGAAAGACGCCUAUGUUCUUAAUAACUGUCUUACAACGAUACUCAAGAAGGUUGGCUGCAUCAUAGUAGCACAGGAAAACCCAUGGCUGUGGCACAAAAACCUUCAGCUGUACAUUUUGUUGCCCACACCAAAUAAUAUUUUAAAGACAUUUUCCAAUUUAAAUGUAGCACAGAUUGUACAAGUAUUUUCUUAUUUACCUAAAGAACACAUUGAUAUUUUUUGUGACUACAUUGCUCAAGCGUUCUCCUUUACUAUCCAGGAACAGAACAUUUUACACCAACUACCCAUAUUUUGUUCUGCAAAUAACAUUAAAUUCUCUGGCUCUCGAAUGGUACCAGCCUAUAGUCUAAGAGCAGUGGACAAAUGCACUAUCCCACCUGUGCCCGAAAAUCUAGUGUUUCCAGAUGUGCUAAUAAGGUGUAGAGAUGAAACGGAUCGUAGGCUUCUACAACAAAUGAAGAUCUCUUUGCUGAAUGCAUCCGAUGUGGCUUUACUGAUAGUUCAAGCUAUUCAACAUGGUUCAUAUAAUACCUAUGAAAGCCACGCACACGAUGCAAUGCUGUGGAUUUUACGAAAUGGGCAAAUUCUUUUUGCUCAGAACAAUAAUCUAAGCCGUGUGUGCAAAAAUCUUAAUUUUAUCCCUUGCAAUGGGAAGCUUACCCAGGCAUCUCUUCUUUUUGAUCCUAAAGUAGAAUUAUUUCAAGAAUUGCUUGAGCCAGAGAAUUUUCCACCAUCAACUUAUAAUGAAGAUGCUGUGUUGAUGUCAUUGAGGGCAUUGGGACUAAAGUAUUCUAUUGAGAAUCUCGCACCAAGUUAUAUUCUUCAGAUUGCUAAUAGCAUAAACAAAGAGCAAGAUCAUGUAUUGAAAAUGAAGAAAGCAAAAGCUAUUGUCAAAGUCUGCAACACUGGGAAUGUUUUAUCACAAUUUAACAGAACGGAUUUAAAUAAACUCUGCAAUAUUGCAUGGGUCCCAGUGAACUCUUCUAAUUCACAGACUGUGUUCAGUCAGCCAAGCGAGCUGAGAAAUAUGACCUACAGCAACAUAGUGGAGUUUUCAAUGCAUUUAACAAGUGAAUUUAAUGAAGCAGCAAGCCGGAUUCUUGGCUUGGAUGACCUACCACCUCCUGAAAAAGUAGUAGAACAUCUAAAGAUUCUUAGUGAAAAUUGCCAUAACAUUGACCACUACUCCUUGUAUAGGAAAUUGCAUGACAUUUACAAAUACAUUGGGGACCAUUGUGAGCAGUUUCACGAUAAUCUUUUAAACAUGCUCAUUUGGAACGGAGAGGGUUUCUCUCGGCCAAAUGAAAUUGUCUUGUUCUAUCCAGAAGGUUUAGAUCUAAGUUCCAAUGUGAAAAAAGUUCCAGAAAAUUUUCUAAUUUACAAACACCUUUUCACUAAAUGUGGUGUUCGCAGUACUUUAUCAGCCAGUGAGGUGAUUGAGAUACUUUAUACCCUAAAACAUAACAUUGAGACCAGAAACUCUCCACCUGGCACAGCUAAGGAAUUAAAACUGGCAAUAUCCAUCUUGGAUUGGAUGAAAACAAAUUCUGUUCAUGGAUCAGGUGACCUCCCCAUCCCAAUACAAACUGACAAAUCUGGAUUUCAAUUGAAAGCACUGUCUACUAGUUUGUUUUGUGACAUGGACAAGAUGCAUUUCAAUAACCCUUCUGCUAAUUACAUGGACUAUCACGUUGUUCAUGAAGAGGUUUCCCCAGCAACAGCCAGGUUUCUAAACAUUCAGCUUUUGAGCACAAAAGUACUAAUGCCUGAAUAUUUUGAGCCAUGGGGACCCUCUGAAUCCAUCACUCUGCGAAUUAAAAAUAUAUUGAGAGAGUACAGUGAACAUGUGGAAAUUUUUAAAGAGAUUAUCCAAAAUGCAGAUGAUGCAAAUUCUUCCAUCUGUGAAUUUUUAGUGGAUAUGAGACAAAAUUCUAAUUCACGGCAAAGUUUGAUAGACCCGGACAUGGCCAACUGUCACGGGCCAGCACUUUGGUGUUACAACAACAGCAAGUUUACAGACAAUGAUUUUCUCAACAUCACCCGUGUAGGGGCAGCCACUAAGGAAGCUAAACUGUCAAAGAUUGGAAAAUUUGGCUUAGGUUUUAAUACAGUCUACCAUAUCACAGAUGCUCCCUCAAUUAUGAGUGGUUCACAUGUUGUAAUUUUUGACCCAAACAUUAACCACAUGAAAAAGCACAUUCCAAAUGGUAACAACCCUGGAAUCAAACUUAACCUCCAAAACAAUCCCGAAGUUCUCCAAAUAUUUCCUGAUCAGUUUCAACCAUUUUCCAAUGUUUUUGGCUGUGAGCUUAACCAGCCAUUUAACUUUGAGGGGACUCUAAUCCGCCUGCCUUUCCGGACAGAAACAGAAGCUGAAGUUUCACAAAUAUGUCAACAGUUUUUCAAUGAGGAGCAAAUUGAAGGUUUUUUGGAAACCUUUGAAAAUGUAGCUGACAUUCUGCUGAUUUUCUUGAAAAAUGUUCAAAGAGUAACAUUAAGUUUUCUUCAAGAAAACACCUGCCCGAAAGAACAAACACAACGCAUUAAAGUUCAAAGAGAACGAGGGAAAAUACUAGAGGUACCUCAACAUUCUCCGCUCCAGAAAAAGCAAAUAGAUGUAUCAAAAACUUUAGGGGUAUCUAUGAAUGAUGUUAUGGGGCCAGACAUAAUCAAAUUUAUAGUGCAAACAGAGGUGUCAACUGAAGAAAAACAUUACCUGAUACAACCCAGCCUUGGCAUCAAAGGGUCUUUUCAGAUGUUCAGUGAGAGUCGCAAAACAAAAUUUUCCCUUCCUGUUGCAGGAGUUGCCCUUCCACUAAAGAAAAAUCAUUGCACAAAUAAAUGGGCCCCUGAUUUGCUGGACUUUAAUGGGAUGGUUUUCUGUUUCUUGCCCCUUCCCAUUUCCUCUGGGUUUCCUUUCCACCUAAAUGGAUCUUUCUCUGUUAUGUCUAAUCGAAAGAGCUUGUGGGAUACAACAGAAAAGGGUGAAUGGAACAAAACACUGCUCUGUGACGCAGUCUUGGUUGCUUUGAUAAUGGCUUUAUCACAACUACAAAUACUACAGCAGAACGGGACUAUAGAGGACUAUCAGUAUUACACAUUUUGGCCUGACAUCGCAAAAGUCAAGAGCCAGUUCACCGCAGCAGUGAAAGCUUUUUACCAAGCUGUGGCAUUUGGAUUUGCAAAUGAGCUUCCUUCUCUCUUCAGCAAUGGCCAACAACAUUGCACUGUAAAACAUGCUUGCUUUCUGCAGUUAGAGAAUACUAAGGAUAAAAGAAUCGGAAAACUUGCUAAAAAAGUAUUUAGCUCAGUCCUACAGAAACCAUAUCUAGCAGUAUCACUUCCAGAAUGGGUUAAAAAGGGUUUCACCAGCAGUGACUGUUUUAAAACACUACUCGUUAAUUCAUUUAAUUGGGAAAGAUUUUACAGAGAGAUUGUUUUUGAAAAUCUUCACCUCCUAGAUACAGAAGAUAGAAAUGCUCUCAUUCUUCAUGCCAUCGAUAUGCAAAACAAACAGAUAGAUGAUCUGCUGUUAUCAAAGCCUUGUAUCCCAUCAUCCUUACAAGGAAGGUUACAGUUUAUUGUAAAACUGGUGCAUCCAGAAGGCAAAGCGUCAUUAUUGUAUUGUAAAGAGGAGGGCCGCUUUCCCCAGGGAGCUGGUUUCUUGAAACCCGAGAGAAUGUCACGCUUACAGAUGAUGGGUAUGUUAAAGGAUACCCUUCCUAUGGCAGAGCUAAUGGAGAGAGCCUGCAGGAUUAAGGAUGUGUGGAAACAUGAUAGAAACACAGGAGUAAAACAGAUAGGCUGUGUGUUGGACCUAUUAAAUGAUCUACUUCACCAAUCUACGAGCAAUGUAUCUCAGAAAGAGUUCAGAAACAUAACUUUUCUUCCUGCUACCUCUCCCGAAAGUUGGUGUGAUGAGAUGCAAAAAAUUGAUCUGUUGAAAUCAACAGACGUUUACCAUUACAAGUUCAAGGAUCUUAUCAGCAUGAUCAAAUCAGUUCUCAGCCCACAGCACAUUGAGAAUUUCAGUAAGGUCUCUGACACAGUAUUCUCCUUUUUAGGCCUUGAUCAGCCCCCUACUUCUGAAAUGGUGCUUUCGCAACUGCUGCAAAUUUACCGCAUAUCCAACUUGAUAGACAAAAGACGAUGUUUUCAGAUUGCAAAAACUUGUUACAUGUAUUUAAAUAAACUGAUACAAAAACAACCAAAUGAAGCAGCUCACAUAAGAAAGAAAAUAGACAAAAAACACUUCGUUUAUGUUGAUCAUGAUUUUGCUUCAUUGGAUUCUGUUGCACGAAAAUUGCCUUUCGAUGCUUCCCCUUAUCUGUAUAAAUUGCCAAAAGAGUAUGAAGAGUUCAGUAGCCUAUGGAAUUGUGUUGAGCUGAGCGAAGAAUUUUCGGUCAAGACGUAUACCGCUGCCCUGAAAAAGAUGGCUACGAAACAUAAGAAAAACCCCCUCCCUAGUGAUGACAUGAGGGUAGCUGUAAGUAUAAUAACUCAUUGUGGAAUGUUAAUUAAUGACUCUGCCGAUUCAUGUGGCUUAACUUUCCAGAAAAUGUUUAUACCGGAUCAACAAGGUGUAUUGCAGCACCUUGAUAAAAUUUACUUCAAUGAUACCCCAUGGCUUCCUUGCGACAAAGACUUCCAAUAUUGCCACGAUCUUAUUUCACGUCGUGUGGCUUUAAAAUUGGGGAUAAAAACAAAGAUUCAUCAUACCUUGCAAAGAAUGAAAGUUUCUGAUCUGUCUCUUUGGGUUUCAAAGUUUGGAGCAAAGGAGGACCUAACCACACGUAUCAAGAACAUUAUAAGUGAAUACUCAGCAAAAAAGGACAUAUUGAAGGAACUUAUUCAGAAUGCUGAUGAUUCAGAGGCUACAGAGAUUCACUUUGUGCUGGAUAGCAGGACACACCAAGCAGUGAGUACAUUUGGGUUAGAUUGGAAUCCACUGCAAGGACCGGCUCUGUGCAUUUACAACAACAAGACAUUUGCCUCUAAAGAUAUUGAUGGGAUUCAGAUGCUUGGUAUAGGUGGCAAAGGAGAUCGUUUGGACAAAACUGGAAAAUUUGGACUUGGUUUCAAUGCUGUUUACCAUAUAACUGACUGCCCUUCCUUCGUGACUGAAGAUCUCCUCAUGUGUAUCUUUGACCCUAAUUGUACCUUUUUGCCAACUGCUGAUUCUGACAGUCCAGGGGGGAUGUUCAAGCUAGGUCACGAAUUCAAGGAAACAUUUAAAGAUGUUUAUAAUACUUUUCUUCCUGGCAUGUUUGACCUUGACAAGGGAACAAUUUUUCGCUUGCCUCUAAGAAUGGCAAACACAGUAGGAAAAUCCAGGAUUGCUACUCACACAACCUCUUUAGAGGACAUCAGAGAAUUGUGCCGGGAAUUAGAAGAUGACGCAGAAAGCAUGAUACUGUUUUUGAAUAACAUUAAAAAAAUUACUUUCUCUGAAAUUUCACACACAGGGGACAUGGAGGAAAUACUUUCUAUUUCAUCUGAAAUAGACCCUUCUUCUGAAGACGACAUUUCUACUUUUCAACAAAAACUAUCCCAUCUUGGCAAGGAUUACAAACACGUGUUUGACGCUAUUCCGCUCAGCGUAUCUUAUGAAGUAAAAAUAGUAUGUGGUUCCAAGAAGCCAACACAUUGGCUUAUUGCUAAACAAAUUGGUAUUGACGGAGAAAAUAUGGUUGCUGAUCUACAUAGCAUUUAUGAGAGCUUGGAUGAAAUUGUUGUCCCACACGGUGCUGUGGCUGUAAGGCUCAAUCAUUCAAUUAAAGGUAGGGCGUUCUGUACUUUGCCACUUCCUAUGGAGACGGGACUCCCUGUGCACAUCAGUGGAAACUUUCUAGUGGAUUCUGCACGUAGGGACAUCUGCAAGGAGGAUGGCGAAAGUCCAAAGACCAAAUGGAAUAAGUUUCUACUUUCAAGUAUCAUACCCCCCGUGUAUGUAAACCUUCUCAGAUGCCUAAGAAAAUACAUGACUAAAGGAAGAGAAACGCUUGUUUUUAAAAUACUUUCCUCAUUUGAAAUUCAUUUUUUAAAUGAUUUUAUGAGUUACUUUCCUAGGGUUACAAAAAGUGUUCCCACUUUGUGGCAAGCUAUGGUACACCAGGUUUACAGGACUAUCGUGGAAAAACAAGAAAAGCUUAUUCCAGUAUACAGGGUGCAGAUAACAAAGGCACAAACCUUCUACAAACAUGAAUAUGACCAGAUGACAGUACAUGUGGAGUGGUCAAACAUUGGUCAUGGGGUCAUCACGCAAGAGCCACAUUUUCUAAAUGACUCUAAAGGAAUGACUGAAAAUAAGAACCUGAUCAUUGUUUUAAAUUUAAUCAACAUGAAGCUGGCAUAUAAUAGCAACUCCACAUCCAUAUUUUCAGAGCUCAGAGCUGCUGGUGUACAGGUUCUGGAACUAAGCCCUAAAACAUUGUGUAAUUUCCUAAGAAAAGUCCCACUACAUUCAAAAGGAAAAAGCCUACCCAUGCAUGUUGCCGAAACCCUCCUCAAAACAGAAGAAAAUUGCAAAAUACUUUUUGAGUAUUGCUGUAGAGUAGGCUUUAGCCAUAAAGCAACAGUUGAUCUGCAAGGUGCACCCCUCUUGGUAACUGAAGACGACAUUCUACAAAUAUUUGACAGAGAUAAAAAGAAAUAUUAUUCACAAUUCAGUCUGCUGUUCCCAAGAUGCAAACACCUAUUUGCAAAGCACUGCACAAGGUACACCGAUAAACUAAUUGAAUGUGGAUUCCUAAAACUGUUAAGUAUCCAAGAUGCUGAAUGUUUCAUAAAACAACAUCUAAAUGAGACAUAUCAUAUCUCUCCUGGAAAUUCUGGUGCAUGGCCUACACUGCCUGACGAUGACAAAGACUGGUUUAAAACACUAUGGAUGUUCUUUGAAAGUGCGAUACUGAGCAAAGCCAAAACGGAAGAGUCUAUAAAAACAUUUAAAGAAGUUCUUUCUUUAUUUAAUGACUGGACCAUUCUACCAGCUUAUAAUCAAAAGCACGGCAACAGAACAGAACUUCUUCCUCUUGUGAAUCUCAAAAGUACUUUAUGUGGCCAAUCUGAUAUAGCGCCAUUGCUUUUUAAAAUGGGAUUCCCCAAAUUAAAUUAUUCCAUGAUACCCUUGGAACUCAUUUCUUUUAUCUCACCGUACUGCAUGAAUACAGAAGAUGCUUAUUUAGUACUGGAGCAACUAUAUUCGAAAAAAAGAGAUCUUGAUUGGAAUGAAUUUAAUGACCUUGAAGUUUUCAAUAUUCUGAGUUUUUUCUUAAAAGGUUUAAAAGUGUCAGACAACAAGAAGGACUUUUUACACAAACUUCAAGCUUUACCUUUAUUUGAGAACUUCCAAGGGAAAAGGCAAUGUUUAAAUAUGUAUCAAAAGAUCUUUAUUCUUGACAGCAUGAAUCUGGUGGAGUUCAAAAGACUUUUUGAGCUAGAUCCAAAAGCAAUUUUCCUUAAGAAUAAUUUUCUCAAUAAAGACUUAUCUACAUUCAUGCACAUCCCUUUACUCAAUGAAGUAAAAUUUUUAACUGAAUUUAUUCUCCCCCACUUGCCAUCCAUCCAUGAAGAGGAAUACCUGCAAGUUUUAAAACUAAUUCUGAAAAUACAACACUGUCCAGAAUACAUUGAAAGAAAACCAGUCGUUACAAAUGCUCUAAAACCACUAAAGGUAAUAAAAAACAGACAAGGCACACUUUGUCAGAUCUCACAAUUUUAUGACCAUCAAUCUAAAUUAUUCUCUAUUUUGGGAUUUGAGUCAAGAUUUAUCCCUGAUAAGUUAAUUGAGGAGUUCCAAAAAUAUGGAUAUGCAUUUCAGUUUCAUUCUUUGUUACUGGACCUUGGCAUGAAGCACCAGCUUACAGAAGAAGACAUCAUUACAACGGCAACCAAAAUUGAAAUGGAUUCAAAAGGUAACUGCUCAUUAAACUCACUGAUUUUAAAGGUGGAAAGUCUGUUUAAUUACUUGUUAUCUAUGAAUGCAGAGGAACUUAGCACUGAUUUUACAAAUAGACUGGGAAGAAUCAAAUUCAUUUUCCUAAUGGAUGUUGACGACAAGUUAAAGAGCUUUCUUCCUCCAUAUUCAAAGAAUACCACCACAGUUGCACUUAAAGGGUCAUUGUUGAAUUUAAAUAAACAAUAUGAAAAAUUAACCUGGACUUCAACUGCCUUGAUAAAUCCUCAGAAACACCUUCAACCUGAAGAGAUGAACGUUUUAGCUAAAUGUGGCGUUGUCUUCAAGCCUCCAGUGGACCUAGUGGUUCAGAAUAUUAAAAAUGUUUGCAGAGCUUCUUGUGAAAGCAUUCAAUUACAAGAAACGAGAAGGCAUGUCCUCCAACAAUCUUAUGCUUUCCUACAGGUCAAUGACUCUUUUGAUGCUACCAUGCUUGCUGAUGUGCCCUUCAUUUUGGUAGAUGACAAAGACUUGUCAGAAUCAUCAAAGGUUGUUUUAAAUCUCUCAAAUGAAAACCAUUUCCGACCUUACCUGUUCAAGUUGCCUCCAUCCCUUGCAGGCUUUUACAAUCUCUUUGAGAGGAUCGGCGUACAGGCUGAGGCUACUGUUUUUCACUAUGCACAGGUGCUUUCAACAAUCUUUGAAGAUACUACGCACAAGGAAAGCCUACAUGGUAACCUGAAAAAAACUGUUUUGGCUGCUACAAAAAAUCUUUUUCAUCUCCUAGAAGAGGGAAAAACAAAAGACCUCCAAAAUAUCGAGACACUCUAUCUUCUAGCUACUGAUGGAAAGCUAUAUGAUUCUUCCACCCUUGUAUUUAACAACUGCCCAUCUCACAAGUUAACAUGCCAAGUAAGCAAUACAUUUAUGUUUUUUAGCUUUCAGCACAUGGAAUUUGUCACCCCUGACCUAGACAAACAGGAACAGCUUAUCAAAUGUUUACCAGUGGCUAUGCGUCCUCAAUUACUUUCAGCGAUUACAGUAGAAACUAUCAAAGUCAGCUCGGAAGACUUUUGCACGUUUGGAGAAAGCUGUCCAGUUAAGAAACAGUUAAAGGAUCUUUUUGUUUCCCCAGUGUUUCACAAGGCUCUUGUUUCUCUUUUGCGGAGUCAGUUGGAUGGAAAACUGCCAGAAAAUGUGGAAUCUACAAAGUUUAGCACUAUGUUUAUAAACAUAGAUGUAAUAUGCUGUUGUAAACUUACUACUCAGCUUAUUUAUGAACGAAAGCCAUUGGAAGGAACACAUUUGCGUAAACCUGUUUUUAUCCCCCAAAAUAGUGAAAAGAAAUGUACAAUCUACAUUGAUCAUGAUUCUGUAACCUGCAAGACAUCGCAAAUUCGUGUACUCUCUUACCUUGCUCGAGAACUUAACAGGCUAAUGGAUUACAUGUUUACACAAAGAUCAAUAACAAUUUUUAUGGAAAUAUUACAUUGUGAGAAUCCAGAUGAAAUAGUUGCUGUCCUUAAGGACAAUCAUAUAUGGAAUAACAAUACUGAACAAUAUGAAAGUUAUUUUCCAAACCCAGGAGAACAAGUUCCUACUGAAUGGUAUGAUGCUUUAGAUAUGAGCAUUUUGAAUAGUUUCAAAGUGGGUGACUAUGUGGGUUACAUGCAUUCCUCAGAAGCAGGCUGUUACCAAUAUGCAAUAAUAAUAGAUGAACUGGAACCCAAAGAAUAUGAUGACUGUGAAUUAAAAAUGUACCGCAUCAAGCUUGGCGAAGAUUACUUUGUCGAUGUUAGCAUAUUUGAUUUGUAUCAAUUCAAAAGAAACCAUAGUCACAAUAGUACAGCACUGGUAUUGGUUGAGAAUCCAAGCCAACAAGAAGCAAAUAAUGAUAAAUGGUAUGACGCAUCCUUGGAAGAGAUUAAAAAAGAGAUUGACAUGUGCCUGCAACAAAUACGGCACCUGCCCGAGGAUGAACAAAAAAAAGCCAUCAGACGUCUUUAUCUUAAAUAUCACCCAGAUAAGAACAUUGAGCAAAAGGAACUUUCAAAUGAAAUUUGCAAGUACCUGCAACAGAAGAUCCAAGAAAUUAAAGAAGGCAAAAAAAUGAGCAGCGGAGCUUCAGCGGCUUACCAACCCAACUUUUCCAGUGGCUUUUCAGGGUGCUGGGCAAAGUGGAACAGAGAAGCUUCGGCCCACAGGACACACCGACAAAAAUUUUCACAGAGGACCAAACGUGACUACAACUUCUGGGAAUACUACAAAAGCAGUACCAAGCCUAAUAGGCAGGAAGCUCAGAGAUGGUUGAAGCAAGCUGAGUGUGAUCUCAGAGCUGCAGAACAUGAUGUUGGGCAUCACCAUACUGAAUGGGUGUUUUAUAAAGCGCAUCAAGCUGUAAAGAAAGCUUUAUUUGCAGCACAAUAUAUGAAACAUGGAAAAAUUGAAACACGUGAAAACAGCAGCAUUGGACUUUUAGCAGAUGUUGUGUCCACUUACUGUAGCAGUCUUCACAGCAUUAGCAAAACUGUUUUACAGAUGCAAAAAAAGGGAGUAGACGAGCAGAAAACCCAGUAUCCAAAUUUUCACGCGUGGCCUGGCAUUCCUAAUGAUAGUAUGCCAUCAGGAAAGGAAGCGGAGGUCAUUGAGCUUGCCACGGUUAUUCUGCAGAAAAUAAAGAAUUAUAUUCAUUGAUUGGAAAAUCUUUAUAAUCUUUCAUUUGAAAAUUAUUUGAAAAAUAUUUUAGCUUCAUUAUCUGUUAAAAUCUAAUGCAAACAAUUGCAUUUAUUUCAAAAUAUUAAUACAUAUUUCCAUAACAUAAAAACACAAAGAAUGAUUUGAAUUGAUUUGAUUGCAAUUUGUGCUUCAUGAGAUAUACUCUAAUAAAUGUAGAAAAAUAUUCUGCUUACAUAAAAUAUAUUUAUAGCUAUCUUUGUACCUAACCAAUUAUGUUUAAUAUUAGCUGCACAAUUUAAAAUGGCAUUUAUUUUCAUUAUGUUUUAUCUUACAGAUGACCAAAUGUAAUUUUCCAGUAUUAAUAAAAAUCUAAAACUAAACACAAGUCUGUAAUUUGCCUACUUAAUUUUACUUUCUUUAUUUAUAAUAAAGUAUGGUUGAGCCCCA